AUGCAUCAGCGAUCGUGUGUGUCCCUGCCCAUACGCAGUCUCCUGGCCGGAAGGCUGGUUUACAGCCCGCUACUGCUUCCACGAACCCUCAGAGCCAAUAUACAGAUUCAAAGGCUCUACAGCACAGCCCCUGCCGAUACGAAACCGACGUACGAACCGUUAGAUAAGGGGCCUGACGACCUCUCUCAUUUGAAUCCCACGCCGGAAGACUACUCGCGCUUCAUUUUCCAAGACAAAUGCACAGUCACAGUAUACUCUGGCAACGGAGGUCAUGGAUGCGUCUCAUAUCUACGGGAGAAAUAUAUCGAGGAGGGCCCGCCUAACAGGGGGGACGGCGGCAGUGGAGGGGGUAUCUACAUCCAAGCAGUAGAAGGCCUGACCAGUCUGCAUAAACUCGCGCGGAGAGGUGUGAUCCGGGCGACGCGCGGCACAAACGGACAAGGAAAGAGCAAAGGAGGGAAACGCGGCGAGGACGUGUUGAUUCAAGUACCUGUUGGGACGGUCGUGCGGGAAGUUGAUCGUUAUGACCCCGUUGCCGAGGAGUUCGCUCGGAUGCGACGAGAGCGCAGGGAAGCUGCGGAAGCAGGCGAGGAAGAGUCAGAAGAGGGAGUGAUUGACUUCAAGCCCAUCCGUCAUGACCGCUGGGUGCUUCAUCCUAGCGCCAAGCCAUCUGAUUUUCUGACUGUUGCCUUUCCCAAGCUCAAACCUCGACGACAAGGCAUUGCAGCGAUGGAGCCUGAAGCUCCGAUCUUUCUUGACUUGUCAGAACCUAUGGACAAGCCUAUGCUCCUUGCCGCCGGUGGUAUAGGAGGGUUGGGAAAUCCGCAUUUCGUGACGCGUUCUAUGGGAAGGCCUAAAUUUGCCUCCCGAGGUGAGGGUGGUAUGAGGCUGGAUCUUGACUUCGAGCUGAAGCUACUGGCAGAUGUUGGGCUCGUAGGAAAGCCCAAUGCUGGUAAAAGUACACUUCUUCGCUCUUUGACCAACAGUCGCACCCGAAUUGGAAACUGGGAAUUCACGACUUUGUCUCCCCAUAUUGGCACAGUGGUUAUCGACAAUCACAAAGGGCGGCCAUUGAUUGAGUCUAGAGGCAGAAUCCAUGCGCACCUCGAUCGUGGACUAGGACUGGGUUUCCUUCGACACAUCGAUCGCGCUGGGAUUCUUGCCUUCGUGAUCGAUCUCAGUGCCGGUGACCCGGUACAAGAACUGCAAAAGCUAUGGCGAGAGCUUGGUGAGUAUCAGCGAAUUCGUGAUGCCCAGCCAGAUCCUUCGCUUGAAGAGGAGCCCCCGAGAGGAGUUAUCGAUUGGGGAUCGGAUAUUUCUGAGCCACAGCUUGAUGCUGAUGGCGAGGAAUCCUAUGAUGGCUCAGUGUAUAAGCCUCCUCGAGCUCUUCCAUUCCUCGAAAUGGAACCGAUCCACACCAAGCCCUGGUUUGUUGUAGCCACCAAGGCAGACUUGGAGGGCACGCGAGACCAGUAUAGAGCUCUGCAGGACUAUUUAUCUGCCGUACAGAAGGGCAGUGUGGAACACCCUUCCGGUCAUGCUGAUGGCUGGAAAGAAAAUGUGUGUGCGGUGCCUGUUAGUGCCAUCCGUGGUGAGGGUGUCUCUCGUAUACCGAAGCUGGCGAUGCAGCUCCUGGAAGAAGAUUCUCCCUUCACGAACUAA